AUGCGGAGGCGGUUGGCUCGGCCGCCGUAUACGCACAGUAACCAACAUCAGUUUUGUUACGUGGUCGCCCGGGAUGCGGCGGUGAAUUACAUCAAGCUGGAAUGUUGGAGUGUAUCUCGGCAGCCGGCACGGUUUGUGGAGGUACUACACACGAACUUCCUGACAACGUUUAGUGAUGGGGAGGUUGUGAACCCAUCGGUUGGACAUGAGUUGCUGGACCUUUUCGUACGUGUACGUCGUCAUGCCGAAGGACGAGUGGACGACUAUGUUCGCGGGUGUUUGGACACACUCAUGUCUCUCACCGGCCAAAAACUCAAAUGCAGCAUGCUUGUCAACUAUUGCCUCGCCCGAGCCGCCUUAGACCGACAACCCAUGGGUGCCAGCGAGCUCAACGCCCUCAAACAGGAUACCAAUACACGUGAAUCGAAACAAAUGAACCUCAACCUCAAAGUCGUCGAAAUGCUUAUGAGAUGCAAACUACCGGACGAACUCCUACACUCGACAAUAGACGACCAGCGGGUGAAUGACUUGGAUCUGGAGGUGGACGACCAGGGAAUGGACGACCAGGAAGGGGGCGCCCUGGGAGUGGACGGCCGUUAUGCGCCGCACAACUCCGGAUUUAACGUCAUCUCCAUUUCAAAUGACUAUGAAAAUCACGUCGCAUCCAAAGGCACUCUAGAUAAUAAUGCCCAAUUAGAGGCGACGCAUCCAGUGGGGACAUCGCCUCUACUGUUGUUUUUGGACAGCAGCUUCACAGGACCCAAUGCUGAAGAGAGUACAGAACGGAAUCCAGGGGACCAUAUAAAUGUGGAGGACCAUAUGAAUGAAGAGCAACAUAUCCGUGCAGAGCUAGAGUCGAGUAGGCUCGGGCGCUUGCUGGACCCAGCAGCGAUGCGAGACGCCAAGUGUCCAAGAACUCCCCUGGACAAGGAUAUGAUGCAGAAUGUGGUUGCGGGCUUUCUCCAAGAAUUUCAAGAAGGUGCCGCCGAGUUCCCGGACCCACUUUCCUUCCAUACGCUCUUAUCUAGCUGCGCGCGACUUGGGAUGUGGAGUGAGGCGCUGGGGUUCCUGCAUGCACUGGACGUUGCAGACAGGUUUUGCGUCGUCUCCUCUGGCACCCGACUGGAUCCCGAUGAUGGAGAAGGCCCUGGCGAGCCGCACGUGCGUGGGUCCGAGGUUCGGGAGUCGCACGUGGGUGGGUCGGAGGUUCGUGAGUCGCACGUGCGUGAGUCGGAGGUUCGUGAGUCGCACGUGCGUGAGUCGGAGGUUCGUGAGUCGCACGUGCGUGAGUCGGAGUUUCGUGAGUCGCACAUGCGUGAGUCGCAGAUUGGAGGUUUGCCCGAGUGGCAGUCGGUGGAUUUGAAAGCACAUGAGGUGGUGUCUGGAUCUACGCAGUAUUGGGUGGAGAUAAGUUGUCGGGGUAAGCGUUUGGGUGAGUUGUUGAGUGUGUGUCGCGAGGUGCGUUUGGCUUGUCACGAGUUUCUGGGAGAGCGGCGGGCGGCGGAGUUGAGUGCGGGAUCGAUCUGGACGGAGGAGCGUAUGGAAACACCUGCGUUCGUGCGACAGGCCGUGGAGGAUUGUGGGGAGUUGCAACGAGUAGUGUGUGAGUAUGCAUCGUUGACGAAGGGUGCAGAUGGUGGUUUGGAGUUUUUGGUGUUCGGACCGGGCUUGAGUUUUGAGGACUCGGUUUACGUGGCCGACCGUGUCUACAGCUUCUCGCCACCACCACUGUGGUGGUCUCUGACGGUAGCAACCCGGCAGACUGUGAUCCGGGAAUCCGUAAAGGGCGCGGCUUACGCGGAUUGCGCCUUCUACUAUGCUCUCUUUAUGGCUCUCUUGGCCUCUUCGGAACGUGAAAUCGCUUUUUAUACAGGCAUGGAGAAGUACGUGGAUCCCAGGAAAAGAAGGGAGCCCGGGGAGGAGUCGUUGAGAGAAGAAAAGUUCUCUGCAAAUGCCAUUAAUAAAGAAACGUUCUUCCAGAGAUUCAGCCGGGGCUUGAUCUUGAUGGCUCGGAGCCCUAUUCAGGACUGCCAGUUGAUUUUGGCUUUGUGCUGUCUGCAACUCACCAGACCCCGUCGGGCAAAGAAGUGGGACAAGUUGCUAGCACAGGUGAUCGAAGAGUUUGAAGAAGAGGCACUGCACCGAGAAUUCGCCCGGGAUGACGUAAGAUGGUCAGAGGUCGACGAACGAGGCCAGAUUUUGGGGCGUCUGCUGAAACGCGUCUGGCAAGAACCCCACCCCGGAGCUUCAGACCUCCACAUUUGGCUGCAAAUUGCUCUCACCAUCACUGUAGGACUACUGUUCGUGGCAGCGUUUCUUGUCAGAGUGGCUUGGAUCCUCAAGGAUUCAACCAACCCCACGUUUACUGAUUCCGGCUACUACGGGUUCCAAUACGCCAACCAUCGUUUAGACCGAAAUCUAGACCGCGGUCUUGGCCCUGGUCUAGAUCAACGUCUAGGUGAAUUGCAUACUGGCGUUAGUCCUAGCGCAGCUCCACUGAGACAAAUGUGGACGUUGUUCCCCAGUGGGGAGACUGCUGCGACCGAGGCGAAGUCCUACGCUUACGCUCGUGGAUCUGGCGCCAUAUUUUGGCUGUAUAAUCAAAUGUCUCAGGACUAUCCGUACACUUGCCUUUGCGAUUCAACUACGCUUGAGCAAUGGAAGAGCGUCAACUGCGAUUACCAGUCACUGCUCAUUGUGGACCGUAUUAGCACCAAUCCAAGCCCUACCAUCCCUACCAAUGAUGCCCCCAACGAUGCCCCGAAUGAUGCCGCCAACAACGGCACUGCCGGUGGUGCCGUGAACGACACCGGCGAUGAUCCCAGCAGCGAUGCUGCGAACGGCGCUAUCAACGGCAACGAUAUCGUCAAAAAUAUGGACGCCGGGGGCCUUGUUGAGAGUGGGAGAGUUACGUCCUACAUCUUGCUGCCUGUGAAAUACAAUCGCGUAGCGUCUUUGACGUCUCAGCAGAUGUCUGACUUGCAAUGCCUUGUGCUGCUCGAAGCCGGACGCGCGGUUACAGGUGGCUCAGAGCCGACAGUCGUCGCUGAGAAGGGUGUGAGGGGACAGACAGGGUGGCUUCUGCUGGAGCCAGAAGAGUUGCUUCUGCUUUUGACACCGGAGCAGGGCCGGGUGUCUUCCAAGUCAGUGCUGACCAAGGCGGUAAUGAACUGGUGCUCGGGACCUGGGGCUCCGACCGAGCUGCUGCUGAACCCCCGACAGAUGGGAGAUCGACUGUGGUACAAUGUUCGCCGUGCGGUAGACAUGGCCGGGGUCCUCGCUCUGACGCCUGACGACUGCGGAAAUGAACUUGCUUGUGACGACCAGGAGGCCACAAAUCGGGCGACACACCGGGAAACAGACCGGGAACCAGAGCGGGACCGGACCAGCGAUCAGACGGACGACCAAACGUGCGAUCGCGAGCGUGCCUUGGCGGACACAGACUUGACCACUGACAUCAAGUCGUGUUCGUCGAGCAGCGAGUGCGGGGAGUGGAAGGAGUGCUCUGACUUAGAACUGAAUAUUUGGAGCGAGCUGUCGGACACGGCAUUAGCCGGUUCUUCGGAUGGCGAAGUGUACGAUCCAGGAGAGGAGAAGAAGGAAUACCGGAUAUCGCGACCUCUGGAAAAGUCGGAACGCCCCCCCGGAUGGCCUCUGGAGCUCCGAGGUACCCAACAUCUAACGGUAGAGUUGGAGCUCGCAGGUUUCCGUUGCGGUAACUCAGAAGAGGCCGCCUUCGACAUUGCCCGGCGUCGUUCGACUAAAGAAUUUCUGUGGGAAGAGAGUUUCGAGUGGCUGGUUCGUGACGUUUUGGACGAGUUGCGUUACGUGAUGGCGACGGGUAAUCUGCGCACACAUACGAAGCAACUUGGUCGCGGCCGCAGUCGUCAGACUCCGGCUGCAGGUCGUGGGGCGAACCAGACUUCCAGCACGGGUCGCGGCGUAUCCUCUCGUGGUCGUGGUCCUAGUCCGGGAGGUCGAGUGGCGGGUCGGGGUCGUGUGGCGGGUCGUGGUCGUGUGGCAAGACGAAUAAAAAAGGAGGUGUGGACGACACCCUUGUAUAAGUCAGUAGGACAUGGUGUGUAUGUAUCAUUCUGUGAUGCGUGUUUCGACUUAAGGCAGUUGCCUGCACCAUUAACAGCUUACGGUCGUGAAAUUUUGGCGAAGAAGAAGAUUAAGACGGUGAUUUUGUGUCAUACAAGCACGGUAGAUGUGUCGGACACGAAUGUAUUGAGAGUGGUUAACUUCGAUCCAAGUGUGAGUGAACGAGCUUGGCUCGAAAAAACCGUGAUGGAUGUGGCGUUACCCUCAUUGAACAAAAGCGAAUAUGUGGGCGUAUUUGCGGUCAGUGCAGACGCAUUAGUAACGACACUGCUCACCCUCAUCAUGAUCCGGUGCCGCGACAUGAAGAAGUGCACCGCACUACUCGCCGUGUGCAAGGCCAUUGGUGGCGGUGCACUCAUCGAGGAGGAUUCACAUCAACAAAUUAUCACACAACUCGCCACACAAUGGGAACAGGAUGAAACCUCCGCUGCCCAAGUCCCCUCCGUUAUCGCUAGACAACCCACACAAAUCCAGGUCCGGGAAUACAACGACCGCCAAGAAGCGCUUUACGAUCAAAACAUCGCCACUCUCUCAUAA